GGAAUGUCGACCCCCCGUGCCCGUCGCUCUCACGCCGGAUGCUGGACAUGCAAGGCGAAACGUCGCAAGUGUGACCGUGCCCGUCCGACUUGCCGAGUCUGCACCGACCAUGGAAUAGCGUGCGAAGGCUAUGAACUGCGUUUGCGUUGGGGGUCCGGCAUUGCCUCGCGAGGUCACUUUACCGGGGCCGAGGCUCCAGUAGAUGCGUCUAUUCCGCUGAGGGUUCCUGGUCGUAGGAGAGAUCGGAAUCGAACGAGGCAGAGGGAACAGGAAGGGGAGAUACAGGCUGAGGUGGCUGAGAGGCCUUCUCAGAACUGUUCUCGUCAUGGUGUAGAGAUUAGAUAUAGCCCAGAGGCAUUUGAGGUAUCAACCCCUAGUCAAGGCACCGAGAAAGCACGGCUCUUUCAAGAGUUUCAAUCAUCUGGAAUAAAUAUCCUGCACUCAACGACAGUCCACGACGAACAAACCCUGCUGAAACCACGGCUUCCCGUAUUAUGCCAACAAUCCAAAGCACUGUAUCAGAUAUGCAUAGCCCUACAAGCAUCAAUAAACCAAGAACCAACGGCACGAUUCCUCGAGUAUCUCGACAUCGGCCUGAAUAGAUUCCGCGCGGAGCUUUCCAAGAGCGAGCUCUAUCUAGAAGAUGGAACAUUAACGGCUGGAUUACUCUUGUGUACGAUUGGAGUUAUGCACGGCAUUCCAUGGACAAUGCACCUCCGAGGGAUGUACAGCAUUCUUCGCAUGCAUGACGUCGAAGGCGCACAGCAAGAACGAAGUGCAUUCCGCGCGCAUCUCUUCGAGGUAAUGGGCGUCAUGGACCUGCCCACAUUUUCCAUUGGUCGCCAACACUCCCAUCUUGGCUUUUGGAGACAGUACUACUGCAAGGGUGGCUCCCCCGGAGAAGUCGAGACUGGGGUUGAGGUUGUAACUGGCCUGCCGAGGUCGCUGGUGACGAUCUUCGCCUUUAUUGGGGAGGGAACUGCAGAAGCGAGUUUUUGGGAUUGGCCUGGCGCAGAGGGGAGCUUUAUCCAGUGCCAGCUGUGGGAGGCAUAUCGACUUGCUGGGGUGUUGGUGGUUCGACAUGGGGGACCUGGCUUUCCACGCUGUUCAGAUACAGGAGCAGUCCCGAAUCCUGGCAUCCAGAGGGGCGCCAGCUUGACCUCUAGUACAAUCAUAGUUUCCCGGCUUUUGAGCUCUGUGGAUGCUGUAUGUCGCGCUUCCCUGGACCCAGAGCGCUGGGACACUCUCAUCAUCAAUGCUAUUUCGUACCCAGUCACCAUCGCGGGACUACAGAGUGACGUUGUGCAAAAGGAUCCGUCAUUGAAGGAAUUUAUACGGAAGGCCCUCCUUUUCACCACCGACGGACCGUUUUGCAACAGGCAGUAUGGCCUUCUCCUGGAUUUGCUGGAGGAAUACUGGACACACCGUGCUAGAGAGGUUGAUAUUGACCAGCUCGCGCGGGCGAGGGGCGUAGAGUUGGGGUUAUUCUAGAUACACUCUUAGUAUCUGUACAUAUCUUCUAGAUGGCAUAAUGAAGCGAGUUCAAUUGGCUUUGGCU